GUGAGACCUCGAUGUUGAAACAGCGCGCGACAAGCUGACUGACGAUGCAUCCGUUUUUGAGGUCAUUGAUAUUGAAAAAUAGAGGGUUAGUAACAGAAUGUCUGCGGCGACGCUCUUCUUUGACAUCUGAACUGUUUGAGAACAUGGACAAGAAGGCGACCUGGGAUCGCUUCUAUGCCGAGACCAACAGGGACAGGAAGGACUUUGAGAACUUUGACUGGUUCUUUGGCUUCAGUUCGGUCCGAGACAUCAUUCUGCCACUGUUACAAGCCAACACUCCCUCUGACCAACCGCUGCGCGUUUUGGACUUGGGCUGCGGCACAUCUGCGCUGGGUCCAUCCAUUUACAGACACUGUCCCCUCCCUGUGCACAUCACGUGCGCAGAUAUUUCGCCUGUAGCUGUCCAGCUGAUGCAGGCGCACGCCCGAGCCUCCACCCCCGAGCCGCUGAGCCCCUCAUCGCGACUUGAAUUCAUAGAACUGGACUGCACACGGCUGCACGAGCACUACAGGUCCAGCAGUGUGGACCUUAUCGUGGACAAAGGCACCAUUGAUGCCUUGCUCAGAUCCAGGGAUGGCAAGGAGAAGGCAGGACUGAUGUUAAGGCAGUGUUUGGGAGCGCUGCGUCGCUCAGGGUCCAUGGUGCAGUUCUCUGAUGAGGACCCAGAUGCAAGGCUGCUCUGGCUGGAGACUGAAGCCCAGGAAAGAGGGGUGAUGCUCGCAGAUAUAGGGGUGCAGGAUGUAGGCGAGACUUACUACUGCUAUCAUCUAUCACCUCGGUCUGUGAUAGAGCAAAGGUGACCUGUAAAGCCAUGCUUGAAAUAAAGAAAAUGCUGGAUCGGAUUUGAGUGUCUUUUGACAUUUUUUAUGAAAGGAAACUCAGAAAUAUCAUUGUUUUUUUUACCAUUGAAUUUUUCCAAAAUGACUGAGACUUCUCUUAAUUCUGUGUUGGGCAGUACUCAAGUUUCCUCCCAUAGUUAAAAUCGAUAGGCUGUUACACAUCACAAAAUCCUCACCUAAGCUGUAUUAUUCAGUUGUGACCACAAGAGAGCAGUGUUACCCCCAGAAGCAGAGCAGUGAGUAAACAUGACUUUAUUUGGACAUUUCUGUAAUUAAACAGGCAGCAAAAACCAUAUGAAUGCCUUUAUAAUCCACUUCAAUCAUUAAACUUGCAAAAGUAGCAAGUGCAACUACAAUCAAAAUGUCGGAUUCUAUCCUCACUGUCCGUUUAUUGAUUUCCCAAUAUUGCACACUUCCCAGUGUAGGUAUCGACAGGUGUUACGGCUGCAUUCUUCCUCACAUGAUGGAUGAAUCCAUUCCACUUCCUCCUCUGUUGAC